CAUUUGAGUAUUAAAUCUCAGUUCCUCACUCGUUCCAAAAUCUUGAGGACAAAUUAAUCCCCAUGAAGCAAGAACAACUGCUGCUCCUGUUCAUCCCUUUCUUUCUCAUAAUCCCAACUUCUUGUCUUGCACGAAAUUACGACGAUGUCGGAAUCUUGAUCGAGAACAAAAAAUUCCGACAGGCCCCGGAAUUCUACAAUUCCCAAGAAUGCCCUCGGGUUUUACCAAAUUCUUUCGUUUGUUCCGGCGAGGUUGUCCAUGUGGCAAUGACGCUCGACGGCGCGUACCUCCGGGGAUCCAUGGCGGCGAUUCUGUCGAUCCUCCAGCACACCUCGUGUCCGCAGAAUGUCUUUUUUCAUUUCGUCGUCUCCGCGUCUGUCGACGCGUCGCUCCUACGCGCCUCCGUGGCCGCCUCCUUCCCGUACCUGAAAUUCGGGGUUUACAAGUUCGAUGACUCCGCCGUCGCCCGGCUCAUCUCCACCUCCAUCCGCUCCGCCCUCGACUGCCCGCUGAACUACGCCCGGAGCUACCUGGCGAGCCUCCUGCCGCCGUGCGUCCGCCGCGUGGUGUACCUCGACUCCGAUCUAAUCCUCGUCGACGACAUUGCGAAGCUCGCCGCCACUCCCCUCGCCGGCGAGACCGUCCUCGCCGCGCCGGAGUACUGCACCGCCGAUUUCGCCGCCUACUUCACCCCGACGUUCUGGUCCAGCCCUUCCCUCUCGGCGACGUUCGCCGACCGGAAAGCUUGCUACUUCAACACCGGCGUGAUGGUCAUCGAUCUGCAGCGGUGGCGGGCGGGGGACUACACGACGAAGAUCGAAGAAUGGAUGGAGUUGCAGAAGAGAAUGAGGAUCUACGAAUUAGGAUCCCUGCCGCCGUUCCUGCUGGUGUUCGCCGGCCGCAUAUCGCCGGUGGAUCACCGGUGGAAUCAGCACGGUUUGGGAGGAGAUAAUUUCCGGGGACUUUGCCGGAAUCUGCAUCCGGGGCCGGUGAGUCUGCUGCACUGGAGCGGCAAAGGGAAGCCAUGGGCGCGGCUCGACGCCGGAAAUCCGUGCCCGUUGGAUACACUUUGGGCGCCAUUCGAUCUUUCGAAGCUUCAGUAUUCCAUUGAUUCUUGAAACUGAUCAUAAAUGCAGACCUGACCGCCAUUGUUGGAACACAAAAGCAACCUUUUUUUUUUUGUACCUGGAUUUCUUGAAUCAGGGGUAAAUGAUAUAAUCAUCAUCGAAUUGUAAAUACCCUUUUUACAGCAGUUUCUAUUGAAGAAGGGAUUUUCGUUUUUGAUCCAA